ACGGAUUAUUUCUCAUAUCAUAGAAAAAUGCGUACCCCAAAUAGGCGCAUAUGAGGUAACUUUAAAGAACAAAUAUUUGGAAACUAGGCUUGCCGUGAAGUUUGAAUUUGUUCAUUUAUUAGCAGGUCUGUGUAUACCCACCUAUCAAUAUUAUCUUGGUGUAAAAUAUAAUUUCGGUAAAGGAAUUAAAAAAGACAACAAAAUAGCAGCCAAAUGGUUUCAAAAAGCAGCCGAAAGAGGUCUAUCUCCUGCACAGCAUUCGCUAG